AUGCUCAUGAUACACAAGUUUCGUGACUCCACGAGAGGGCUGAAUGUUUUGUUGACCGGAUUGGGCGCUUUGUUUAUCAUCUAUGUACCCAUGUGUCCGGGCUCUGCAGAGUCCGCAAGGCCAACCAACGAGAAGUCCUCCCGAAGCUUGAAGAGCUGUAGUGGAUCGCGCGGUGGCACAAGCAGCUUUGACGUCGGCAGACUCUCGGAUAGCGAGGGUCUAGAAGAAAAAGAGAGGCAAAUCAACGGCGACGCCUUGCCUGAGCGUCGACUAGUACCGGUACAAUUGGUUACAGUGAAGAGAGGGAGAACUCAGAAAGAUGCCUAA